ACCUGUUUGAGGCCCUUUCAGAACUUAUCAUUUUGACAGCAAGUCAUUGCUUACAUGGGAAAGAAAUAAGAAGUUUGCUGAAUGAGAAGGUGGCUCAGCUGUAUGCCGAUUUGGAUGGGGGUUUUACUCACGUUGCCUGGCUCCUGCCCGGUUGGCUACCUCUGCCGAGUUUCAGACGUCGAGAUCGAGCACACAAAGAAAUAAAGAAUAUUUUCUACAAGGUUAUCCAGAAACGGAGAAAGUCUGAGGAAAAGGAGGAUGACAUGCUCCAGACUCUACUUGAUGCUUCAUACAAGGAUGGCCGUCCACUGACAGACGAGGAAAUUGCUGGAAUGCUUAUUGGGUUGCUCCUCGCGGGACAGCACACAUCCUCCACCACCAGUGCCUGGCUUGGCUUCUUCAUUGCCAGAGACAAAUCAAUACAGGAACGGUGCUAUGCUGAACAAAAAGCAGUUUGUGGGGAUGACUUGCCACCAUUAACUUACGACCAGCUCAAGGAUCUCAGUUUGCUGGAUCGCUGUAUAAAAGAAACUUUAAGGCUUAGACCUCCUAUAAUGACCAUGAUGAGAAUGGCCAGAACUCCCCAGACUGUUGCUGGAUACAAUAUUCCUCCUGGCCAUCAGGUCUGUGUGUCUCCCACUGUUAACCACAGACUCAGGGACUCCUGGAAAGAUGCUCUGGACUUCAAGCCUGACCGGUAUCUCCGCGAUAACCCAGCCGCUGGAGAGAAAUUUGCCUAUGUUCCUUUUGGCGCUGGCCGUCAUCGCUGCAUUGGAGAAAACUUUGCUUAUGUUCAGAUUAAGACUAUUUGGUCUACUUUGCUUCGUUUGUAUGAAUUUGAUCUCAUCAAUGACUAUUUUCCGACUAUAAAUUAUACAACAAUGAUCCACACACCUAAUAACCCCGUUAUCAGAUAUAAGAGGAGGUCACUGUAAAUUAUGGAGCUAAAACCUUACUACUUGGUGUAAACUAACAGACUUGACUUGAAUAAAAUUGUGACAAAAUGAGUGGCAAAUGGAAACAGUUACACCUACUGUUAGGAAAGCAACAGUAAUCUACACAGUGCGAAGUCUUUGCAUAUGUUCUGUGGGUUUGCCCGCACCAUUUAAUACUGCU